AGAGUUACCCUCCUGUGACCCAUGGAUGUCUUUAACUGCCCCUCCUGCCAGCAGGCCCUCUGGGACCCUGUAACUGUAAGAUGCGGCCACUCUUUCUGCAAAAGGUGCUUGCGGGGGCCAGCAGUGGACAGGUGCCACGUUUGCAAGCAGAAGCUGAAGCCCAGGGGUGCCCAGGAGCUGAAAUGUAACACCCUUUUAUGCAACUUGCUGGAGAAGUGCCUGCAGAGCGAAACCAGACUGAACAGGGUGAGAAGCGACCUGCGCGAUCUGCUCUCACUCCAGGACCACGAAGAGGCAGCAAAAGUGGCCUCCAGAGGAGUUGCGAUGGAGAUAAAGCACCCUCCUUUGUAGAUCACUUCAAAGGACAAACCUUUCCAGGCCCAAAAAUCAGGAGGAAAGAAGAAAAAAGACAAGCAUUAGAAGAACAAAAGUGAUACAAUGUUGCUGGAACAUGCAUUUAACAAACCUCCAUUAUACUUAUUAAUGCGCUUCUGCAUGUGUGUUUGUAAAUGGUCUGCAAUGUAUAUACUGAUCUUUACUUAAAGGUCAUGGGUUUUCAGAAUAAAACCUUAAACAAA